CAAUAAUCUGUAAUCACAAAUGCAGACUUGGACCGAUAAAAUAUUGGUAACUACGCAUUGUGGUACUCCGGUUCUUAACUUCCAAAUGGUGAAUUACCCGAAGUCUGGCUGUUGUUAAGGUUUACUGUUUCAGUACAAAACAAAGCCUCGUAAAGUUAAACUUGUAAAUCUGAAGAAAAACGCUUCAAAAGCAUAACCUGCUAUCGCAGCCGUUCUUGUAUGGAGUUCAUUAAUACUGAAAUCAUAUGAUAAUAUGGAUAUCAUCCUAGAUUUGACAGAUGAAAGCAUCUUAACACCUUAUGUGUACCCCGAAUCUUUGUCUCCGAAGAAUAUUUGGCGCCAACUUUGCUCUCUUACAAUAUUGGUCAUACUCGGAGGAUACGCGUUGUACUUAAUUACAGCCGCCGUGAACUAUUAUUUAUUUUUCGACAAACGCCUGCUGCAGCAUCCUCAGUCUUUGAAGGAUCAAGUCAAACAGGAGAUAUCAUGCUCAACGCGGGCAAUUCCCCUCAUGUCUUUUUUGUCGGUUCUGAUGUUCCUGGCAGAAAUCCGCGGCUACAGCAAACUGUUCGAUAGUUUCGACGAGACCAGAUUAGGCAAAUGGAGUAUACCACUCUACAGCGCUUCGUUUAUUUUUUUUACCGACUCUUUAAUCUACUGGAUCCACCGUGGACUGCACUCGCGGUUUUUUUACAAAAACCUCCACAAACAACAUCACAAAUGGAAAGUGCCGACGCCGUUUGCCAGUCAUGCAUUUCACCCGAUCGAUGGCUUCGUACAAUCGUUUCCUUAUCAUCUAUACGUUUUCCUGUUUCCCAUGCACAAGUGGACUUACCUGGCGUUGUUCGUUUUUGUUAACGUGUGGACCGUCUCAAUACACGACGGUAAUUACAAGGUUCCUAUGCGUCUUAAAGAGAUCAUUAAUGGCGCGGCGCAUCAUAUGGAUCAUCAUCUUUUCUACAAUUACAAUUAUGGCCAGUUUUUCACCUUUUGGGAUCGAGUAGGAGGAUCAUAUCGCAACCCAAGUUCAUUUGAAGGAAACGGGCCACUAAAAGAUAUUGAAGAAAAGGAAAAGAGAACUUGAUAACUUGAAAAACUAUUUAGACUACCCGAGUUUGUGGUUGGUUACAAAGAUUCAUAUAGUCGUGGUUUUCUAAGAUUAACUAAAUUUAAUGUCUCUUCGAUAUGCUCCACUAAAUUUAAUGUCUCUUCCUAAUUGUUUUGCUUUAUUAUUACUGACUGGAUGCACGUUUCGUGUAUGUAGUUUUGUACGAGCUAAUGAAUGAAAUCAAAGAAUGUUAAUGAAUAAUUUGGCAUAGA